UUCGCCAAAACGGUCGGUUGUAUUUCUAUUUCGGAAAUCAGAUCCGUUAUUGGGGUAUGUUAUUGUGUGGAAAACGUGGUGUUACGGCUGCUCGUGUAAGUGAAAAGUUCGGAGGCAAAAAUACCACAACUUCCUCGUUUUCAUGCGUGGGGGUGGCGUGCAUGUGUGUGAAAAAUGAAUAAAUAUAUGCAACAGCUGACUCGGUCAUUGGCCCACACCGACAAGCACUUGAUGCCAACUAACCUAAUAAUAUUGAUUUUAGAGAGAAUGCAGUAGCGCAACUACGACGCGGUGUGUGUAUUUUAAGUUGCAUGAAAUUCGGUCGGUCAGGUUCAUUUUACAACAAUUUUAUACUGAAACAAAAUACGACAUUAAAUGCAUUGCGCCCGCAAGUAGCGUUGUCGCUCGAUAAUGGCGGAUCGUUACGCUAGAACGUGUGCCGUGAAACCCCACGCUUGUGACUCAGUACUUCGCAACGCUUUGCUAUAGUUAUCAGCUUGGCUGCAGCCAUUUACGCCUUCCCCAGCUUGCAUGGACCGUGUCGCGUUAGCUCCGCCAUGGCUUGAUUUGAGUGCUUUUUUAGCUACUACAAAUAUAUACUUGCGUAUAUUUGCGAUAAAUUCGUGCUGAGUGCAUAGCAUAAAAGUUUAACUAACACCCCAGCUGCAUUGCCGCUUAAAGUACAUGCUAAAUAUAACGAAAAUAACAACAACGCCAAUACGAUAAUACGCCCGUGCAAUAGAUAAGCGCACUCAGCAUGUGCUUGUAUAUGAGUGUGCCCCGUUGGAUUAGCCUGGAACGGUUCGCCGGUGCAGUCUGCGAUGGCGCCUCGCAUCUAAUUGAAGUGUCGCUCGUGUUAUUUUUACUCAACUGUCAUAGUGAUAAGAAGGUGGCAGCUGCGACAGCCGCAGUUACACGUGGCAAGAGUGUUGAUGCGGCAGUUGCUGCCACUGCUACUGGCUCCGUUGUUGGUGAUUCGACUUCGGCGGUUGCAUUGUGUGUGGAUAAUAUUGUGCCCAAGUUGAAGCCAACGAAAACACCACCCACAGUUGUAGUAGCGCAACCGAAAGUGUUGUGCGGCUUGUAGCUGUUGCUGCGUGGGAGACGCUUGUGAGAACUUCUUAAAGUUAUUUUUGUGAAAAUUGAAUUGAAAAGUGAAAACGAAAAAUAAAAGCCACCGGGAAUGAUGUGGCGAGUGCUAUUUUCUGAAAGUAUGUACAGAAGCAUAUUGGAAUAAAAUAAAAUAAAAUAAAAAAUGUGUAUAAAAAAAGGUGGCGGCUUAAGUGCUACGGAAAUGUACAGUUUAUAAGUGAUUUCCAAAGUUUUGUAAAAAAACGCAAAGAAAUGUCUAGAAACUGAAUUAUUUUAAUAGUUAUAAUAAUUAAAUAUUGAAAUAUUGUAAUGGUAAAAUAGUGAUAAUAAUGUUAAAAAAAUAUAUUUUUUAAAACGUCUGCAAAAAAGGGAACAUAAAAAAAUAACUUGUAACGUGUGUGAUAAAAUUUUCUAGGCUGUAUUUGGAUUAACCAGCAGUUAUUAGUUGCAACGUCCUUUCACCGAGCGCUUGGCACAAGCGGAAAAAAACGAGACUGACUUUGAGUGUCGCAGAGCUGCACGGAGGCAGCCAUCGCAACAAUCACAAACAAGCAAAACAAAAAUAAAACUAAAAAGCAUUGCAAGCAGUAAAACAGUGAAGGAUUUGUAGCGAAGUUGGAAAACGAAUUCUGUUCGCGAAAAUGUUUUUGGCAAUAAAUCAAAUGAAUGGGCAGGCAGCCAAAAGACACAAAAAGGAGAACAAAAGGCAGCGUGCAGCUGCUGGAGAGAAGACCGAGGCAAUAUGCAUACCUGAUAUAAUGCCGAUAGGCGAAACACAAGCGGAAACGGAAGUGAUAGUAGCGCCACAAGCGGAUGCAACAGCAGCGGCAACAACAACUCUACCAAUUGAUGUAUCCGCGUGGCUGGCAAGCUCGACCGCCAGUUCGACGGCCAAUCUAAUUGAUGAUAUGUUGCUGGAAAAUGCCAAUGACAGUACGACAAUAACGGGCGCUGUGAAAGCGACUAAAAUAGCAACAAAGCUGACGGCAGCAAAAUUGCAAUCGACGGCGAAAUGUAAAAAUUGCCAGCACGCGCUUUCAAAUAGCAGUAGUUGGCAGCAAAGUGAACAACAACAUUCGCAAUCAAAAGUCUCGGCGCAUAGCGGCUGCCACUGUGACUGCGAUUGUAUACAUAAAGGUUUGCUCACUUCAACAGCGAUGACCUCGCCUACAGGCACACCUUCGCUUAUCCCGCCAAUGCCUUUACCUCCGCCAACACAAGCUCCGACGCCGCCCACCUCAUUGUACGCAGUCUAUAUGUGCCUUGGCACGCUCGCUCUUGCUUUAGCCACCCUUUCGGUGCUCUUCUACUCGCACGUGCACUCCAUCAACACAAACAGCGAAAGCAUCAAAAGCAGUGUGCCAAUAACUGUGACGCCGGCAUACGCGAAUUCUGAGUUUCGGGAAAAAUUUCAACGUGAAUUGCUCGCAUCAGAGCAGUUAUUGCGUGGAAUUGUGGCGCAAGUACUGCAGCAGCAAGAGGGUCAACAUAAUCAACAAAAGCAACAACAAGUAACGCGAGAGCACAAUGAAGUGUUUGGUGGAGCUGAGCCAAUCCACAGCUACCAACAACGCACAAUUCGAGCGACGGCGGCUGAAGCGGCGGGAAUUCCAGUGAUGGCAGCAAAUGAUGGAACGGUGGUGAAAAACGAACGUAAAUAUGUUGGACAUGCGAGGCACGUUGCAGAUGCGCCAACGCUGGCGUAUAAUGAGGCAGCUGUGGCUGAGCAGAGUAGCGUGAGCCAUGUAGCAAAAAGGCUGCGUCGUGAUAUUGCCUCCUCGCCGGCGUCAAUGCAUGCUGAUCCCGUUAUCGAAUUUUUCAACCCGGAUCACCGCAAAGUGCUGGAAGAGCAGGAUAAAGAAAUACGCAAGCGUACGGGAUUGAAGGGCGCAGCGCCGGGAGGUGAUGAAUGGAUUUACCUAAAUACCUACUGUCGUGUGCCGGAAAAAAUCAUUACUGGUUUCUGCAAAGGCACUCAAGACUACUGUCCGCCUGCGCCUCAGGGUCCACCAGGGCCGGUGGGGCCUAAGGGCACAACUGGACCACCUGGGCUGCCUGGAAUUCCAGGACCAAAGGGUAAUCGGGGUGAUGUAGGACUGCCAGGACCGAGAGGAGUAGAUGGAGCGAAUGGACCUCUGGGACCACGUGGACCCAAAGGUGAUAUUGGCAUACCUGGGCGAGCUGGCCUCGACGGACGUGAUGGUGUACCGGGUGAGCCUGGAUUGGAUGGUGUACCUGGGCGUGCGGGUGCCGAUGGUAUACCCGGCAAAGAUGGACUGCCUGGCUUGGAUGGACGCGACGGACUUAACGGUAAAGAUGGCAAGGAUGGUGCGCCGGGGCCGAAAGGUUUGCAAGGACCUCCAGGGGAAAGAGGACUGAAAGGCAUUGCUGGACCACGCGGACGGCCUGGCAAGUCCGGCAAAGAUGGAACACCUGGUAUUCCCGGCAUCAACGCGUGGAAGGUACAACUCUUGAAUGGAAGCUUCUCCAAUGAUCUACUCAUUCCACCAUCAAUUGCGGAUAUUAAUGCACCGAACAUCGAGCGGUUUGUGAUAGUUGAAGAGGGCAAAACAUUAAAUCUGAGCUGUGCUGCCAGUGGUAACCCGAUGCCGCACAUUGAAUGGCGACGCGACGAUGGACGUACAAUUAAUAUUAAUGGCGUCGAAAUGUCGUCGGUUAGUGGACCUUAUUUGAAAUUCACGAAUAUCACACGACAUCAAAUGGCUGCUUAUACGUGCUUUGCGGACAACGGUCUGGUGCCAGUCGCAAAUGCUACCUUCCUCGUUCAUGUGUACUUUUCGCCAAUGAUUGCUGUUUACCGGCAAAUGAUUUAUGCUGAAUAUGGCCAGAGUGCAACGCUGGAAUGUUUGGUGGAAUCCUUUCCUGAAGCUAUCAAAUAUUGGGAGCGUGCAUACGAUGGUAAAACUCUGGAUCCGGGCGAUAAAUACCGAAUCGAGACUUAUACGGAUAGUUUCAAAACAACAAUGCGCAUGACCAUUACAAACUUGCGAAAAGAUGAUUUUGGGUACUACUAUUGCGUGGCACGUAACGAAGUGAAUGCCACAAUGGUCAACUUUGAGAUUGCACCGCAAGAUCCAAACAGUGAAAUCCCAUAUGUGGGGAAGGAAAUUAAAUUCUACGGACAGCGGCCACCGGAAAGUGAAUGUCCCAUUUGUGAUCAAUGCCCAGACCCAAGCCUGUAUCAGUGCAAGGACUCGAUUAAUUCGAACUUUGAAAUUCAACCGACUGGAAAUUAUAGUUAUCCAGGCCUGCCAAAGCGACACAAGAGUUGGUUGCUGUAUGCUGUUGGCAAACCAGUGUUCCAUAAGUCGGUAAAUGAAAUGUAUGGUUCUUGGCUGAGGGAUUCAUCUUCGGCUGCGGAUAUUGACCAUGAAAAAACCUAUGUUACUGAAGAGAAUGAGACGCACACUUUGUUCGAGUAUCCCACGAAAUCGAAAUAUCGCCUGAACUGGACGCCACGCCGCAAAUAUAAUAUACCGGAAGGAUUUCAGGGCAAUGCACAUGUCGUCUACAAUGGGUCAUUCUACUACAAUCAAUACAACUCCGAUCUGGUCGUUAAGUUGGAUUUAGCAACGCUCGAGAAAAUAAACACCUCAUUGCCAUAUGCCGGCAUCGCUGCUGGCAAUAGAUUGUACUCCACCGACCACAAUUACAUGGACUUCAAUGUGGAUGAGGUUGGCCUGUGGGUGAUCUACAGCACUUAUGACUCGAACAACACACUCGUUGCCAAGCUUGAUGCCGAAACCUUGAAGAUGCAGUUCAACUUUAAUAUCUCCUUGGAUCAUCGUAAAUUUGGUGAAAUGUUCAUUGUAAGCGGCCAUUUGUAUGCUAUCGACUCGUGUACGGAGACAAAUUCGCAUAUACGUUAUGUUGUCGAUUUGUAUAAUGGGAAACUACUGAAUGUUGACCUGCCAUUCUCGAAUCCGUUCCGCAAGACAACCACUGUGGGAUAUAAUCCGCUCACUGUGGAAUUGUACUCGUGGGACAAAGGAAACGCACUCACAUAUCCCAUUCGUUAUCGAGAGGCCAGCAUCAUCGGUGACCGGACGUAAAUAAGCGGAGUCGGGUCGAACAAAAUGAUGCACCGCGCGGCAAAUAAAUGCAACCUAGCAACUCAGCCGCACAAAGGCCACUUUCCCCAUAGCUUAGUGAGAAUGAAUGAGUGUGUGUUUGCAUACAUGGAAACAUGUACAUA